AUGGCUGACAAGAAAGACAAAUACUCUAUUUUGUUGCCAACUUACAAUGAACGAGAAAACCUUCCCUUGAUCGUAUGGUUGAUUGUAAAAGCUUUCUCCGAGUGGUAAGAAACUUCUCUUUCUGCUGUAACACUUCAGUUUGCGAAUUCCUUGUUCUAGAGUUGUUCGUUGAAGAUCCUUCGAUUUUGUUGUUGUUUUAGUGGGUAUGAUUUUGAAAUCAUAAUUAUUGACGAUGGAAGUCCAGAUGGUACACAGGAGGCAGCGAAACAGCUAGAGGAUAUUUAUGGGACUGAUAUCAUUGUAAGUAGUUUUAAUUCGAUAGCUGAUAUCGUCCGAUUUACGCCCUUUUUAUUAUUUUUUGUGCCCAUUAACUCCUGACUCCUUUUAGCCUGCAUUUUGGUCGUCAGAACUAGGAUUUUCACGAAUAAAGCAUUAACAAUUCGCAAAACCUUUUUUUUCAGAGACUUAGACCAAGGCCAAGUAAGCUAGGUUUAGGUAUGUUACAGUAUAUGCAGUCAUCAAGUUUAUCAGCUUAUUCAUGGCCACUGAAGCACCACCUCUUGACAAUCUUAUACAUGGCAAUUGGUGGUUAUCUGUUUAAAAAAGUGUCUGUGAAGUUCCACUAGAUAAUCAAUACGCUGGUCUUAAAAGCACCAUAGUUCCUAAGCAGCAUAUGUUGUAAUUGUAACCUGAGAAAACAGCCAACAUUUUAUGAUGCCGUUGAUGGUUUCCCCACUAAAUAAUGUCUGUAAAACACUACCCAGAUCUUGGUUGUGUUUCUGAUUGGACGAAGCAAAUUUCCAGCCAAUCAGAAUAACCCCCCAGAUCUGGGUAGUGACACAUCAUCAGUAUGGAAUUUCUCUGCUUGUUUCUCGGUAAGCACUCGUUUCCAUAUCUCAAACCGCCCUCUCCCUUUUCACUUACACUUACAUGAAAUUUCUAAGUUUCUUGACCCAGAGACUUAGUUUCUGUUCAACAAAUGUCGUCAAAGUGCAAGUCUCUUCAAUUUUAAAGGAAAAAAAAAUUUCCGAAAUACGAACAAGAAUCGAUCCCGGAAUACUAAAUCAGUAGUCCCAAGCCCUAACCACUACACCACCGAGGAUUUGCUGCAGGGACUUGGAGUAAUUUAACUACUGUAGCGAAAACCCUAACCCUAAAAAGAAGCUAACCGUUAACCCUAAUCACUAUUCUAAGUGCUUAACCCUAAUCAGUAUGGUCAGUGCUUAACCCUAAUCAGUAUUUUCAGUGCUUAACCCUAAUCACUAUAGUCAGGGCUCACUCAUAUAUGUAUACAUAUAUGCAAUUACUUUGUGUAGGCAUCACAAGGUAUCCAAGGGCGGUUUGAGAUAUGGAAACUAGCAUUUACCUUGUUUCUCAGAUGUCAUUUUGCUGAGAAACCAAAGCUGGCAUCACAAAAUGUUGUCUGUUUUCUCAGGAUAAAUAUGUUGCUAAAAAUGAAACUGUGUUGCUAGAAUUUUUAUCCCAAAUAUUAAAGAAUAGGCUAGAACAUCUGCCCUGGCUGUUGUUAGGUAACAAAAUAAAACAACAGCAUGUCAUUUCACUUGAAAAAAAACGUGUUUUUGUAUUAUUUGCUUUGUGUUUUAAACAGAGGGCACCCAUAUAAAUCUUAAAUUGGUUGAUGCUGCCGAUUUUAAAGUCAGGUGAACUCAUUUGCAGGUACUGCCUAUAUACAUGGGAUGAAACAUGCCGGAGGAAACUUUAUCAUAAUCAUGGAUGCAGAUUUAUCUCAUCACGUAAGUUUACCUAGUUCAGUUGAGUUACUGGAUUUAAAUUGAGACAAGACACCAACCUUAAUUUUGCUGACUUUGGUCUGGGACCUGAUUCUUGAAAGUCCUGGUAAAUUUUCAGGUGCAAAAUAAAAUAUACAAAUCAAAAUGUAAAGAAUAAAAACCCUGCAAGCGGAGGUUUCUCUCUGGCGUGGCUUUUAGCAUUAAUGAAGUCAUUUGCAUUGCUUAUCAGUCGUGUAGUUGGUUUGGUUUAUAUACCCCACGUGUAAACUGAUUUGCAGACUGAAAUGCUCAUACUAGAGAACUGAGGGCCUUACAAAACCUUUUAACUUUUCAGUCAGUUAUAGAAAUUCUUGCCAUGCUUUUGUGCUACUUCCUGCUGUUUAUCAGUAUAUUGCUUCUUGGGGGUUUUAACAUCAGUUGUUUUGGUAAUGCCUUAAACCUCAUCAAAAUUAGUGCAGAAGAAUGGGCUUAGCCAAUAAACCUUAUCCUUUUGUCUCAUAAGAGGUAAAUAUUACAAUAAUAAGAUUGUACCGGAGAAUCAUUUAGCUAAUAAUAUUAGAAUAAUAUUGUUUUAUUCUUUUCUAUGUGCUUGCUUCAAAUGAUAUAUUUUCUAAUCCAAAUACUAUUUUUUUUAUAUCACAACAGCCAAAGUUUAUUCCAGAGUUUAUCAGGUAAUUCAUAGUUUUUGUAAGAUGUCCUGCUUUUGAUAUUAACAAGAUUGAAAUGUUAGAAUCAGUGUGACACAUCAUUAUCACAAAGACAUUGAAUAUCAAAAGUAUUUAAAAGAGUUGGGUUUAAAAAUAAUAAUUCCUGUGUGCAUGCCAGUAUGUGAAUGUCUUUAGAAUUGCACUCACAGAAAGUGAGUCUGAUUGGGCAUUCAGUGAAGGUAUAGCAAUCCCCACAAAAGGUAUAGGGGAGUUAAACAUCCUGAUCUUAUUAUGAAGUAAGGAAAGUAUGGAAUUUUACUUGAAUCUUUUGAUGGAACAGAGGUAUUAAACCAAAGAGCCUUCCAUUGAAGACAUGCUAUAAAUCUUGUCUGGUGAAAAAACAAUACUUCUGCACAUUUUUUUCUGACUUCUUCCCACAGGAAACAAAAAGAAGGUAACUUUGAUGUAGUGUCUGGCACCAGGUAUAUUGGUGACGGAGGAGUGUUUGGUUGGGACUUGAGAAGAAAGUUGAUAAGGUGGGUCUCUAACUCAUGUACAGGUAACCAUAUGUAAUAAGUUUCUGUUUUUUUGCUGGCCAAAGCAAUGUGAGGAUUAGACAUAAAGAGAGAAUAAUCUUUUGAAAUGGACAAUCAUCGGCAGCAAAGUUAAGCCACAAAUACAUGUAUUAGCAUUUCAAGAUACUGUCUUACAAGACUAUAAGUUGGCCGCAUGGCCGGGAUGUUAACGUUGUUAAUUUAUUUAUUUGUCAUAAAGGGAUCAUUUUUCAAUAUACUUCCUGAACACUCUUUUAUCUUUUUUUUUUUUGUUGAAUAGAAUGCAGCAAGAGAAACCCAUUACUGUUAAUUUUCUGUUGUACCGCUACCAAGCAAAUCUCUCCCAUGAUGUUACAAAUUAGCAUAAUUUUUCUGGCUUCUCUUUGCUAUUUUCUUUUCUCUAGUCGUGGUGCAAAUUAUCUGACACAGAUUCUCCUAAGGCCUGGAGCAUCAGAUCUGACUGGAAGUUUUAGGUAAAUUGAUAGCUGAGUUAUCUAGUAUGUUUAUUGAACUUAAUUGCUAGUUCGACAGCUGAGGAAAAACCCUGUACUAAAGUACUUAGGUUAACCUUUUCGCCCCCUGAGCCUCCCAUGCAGAUCCACGUCCCUUCUACGGCUUGUGAAGUCAUCAGUUUUAAUGGUCAAGGACAACUUUGUCCGGUGACGUGAACAAAGUGAAGAGAUCUUACCAGAAUAAGCACAAUUCAAUCAAGGACACCAGAGAAGAAUGCAAAAAACCAUGUAACAUUGACCUGAAAAUUGGCAUGAAAAUCUUGUUCCACUACCCGCCUACCUUUCCUUUCAUCUAAUCCUAAGAUCCUAGAAGCUUUCCUAAAAACUUUUCCUACCGAAAUGAAACCUACUAAAUGCUCAGCAAAAGAAAAAAAAUGAGGCAAGAAAAGCGAAAACAAAGGGGAGGAGAGCAAGCGAAAAGUAAAAAUCAAGACGCCUGUGUCACUUGUAAAUCCAAAAUUUUGCGUUCUGGAUCAGAAGGCCGCAAAGUGUACGAACUGUUAAUGGCUUUAUGGUAAGUUUUAGCUCCUUAAUUACAGCACGACAGUGACCAGUAAACUGCUCGACUAACUUCCAAACGCUUUUUUCGGCAAAAUUUCCAGGGGUGAAUGGGUUAACUUAGCUGAUUACAAACUGGUAGACACAUCCAAACAUCACAGAUGAGACAUGACAGCAGCAGCUUAAGGUGUUCUUAUCACGUGACGAAAGUGCCAUUUGCUGCUUUCUGUUAGACUUCCACACACCUCAAGCACUUUGAAAACUGAGUCUAACUUGACUUUACUCUGGCUUUAUGAUGAUAAUAUGAUCUAUAUGCAACUAAUUCUUGGUAAAAUUGCGAGUUGUCGCUAAAGUAAAGCGACGGUCGAGAGUAAUGCCCCACACGUUGACACCAUGAUACGCACCCAACGCUCUAGGUGUUUAGUUGUGAUUACUUUUGAUGUCUUCAAACUUUGUUUACAGUCUUUUAGAAACUAAUUGCAUAAGGGAACCAAAAAAGGAGAAAAGUUGUUAUGAAUGAAAUAAACCUUAGUCUCUGUUUUUCUUAUUUACAUGUAUAAUUAGAUUGUACAAGAAAGAAGUUUUGGAACAUUUGGUGGAUUCAUGCGUAUCAAAGGGCUUCAUUUUUCAAAUGGAAAUGAUUAUACGGGCAAGACAGUUUGGUUACAAUAUAGGAGAGGUCAGUAACUAUUAAUAGCGUAAAUCUGCGGGUUUGUAUUGUUCACAGUAUGAUUUUAUCCCAAUUUAACGAUUACUCAACCUAAAGUACACAUGUUUUUUGAAGAGCAACUGUAUGAUAAUCUUUGAGCAUUGUUCUUUCCUGUAACAUUAAGUCCUUUCCAUAUGCUGAAUAGGCCAUCUCAGAGUUGCCGCUAUCUUCUGUUUUAAAGCGAGGCUAAGUGCGCAGCCAUUCAUUUGAAAAUGAUUUUUAUUCCAACGCAAAUGAAACUCAUUUUCACGAGAACAGUUUUGCAACCAGCCUCGUUCUGAAAGUGAGAGUUUUUGAAACUCGGAAAUAACCUUUAAAGUUUUCAUUGUUUUCAGAGCAAAAAUCAUUGGUUGCCCAAAUCCUCACAGUUGCCCGUCUGUCUUAAUUACACUUUCUUUAUUUUUCUUCAGGUCCCAAUAACAUUUGUUGACCGUGUUUACGGCGAAUCAAAACUUGGCGGCACGGAAAUUGUUUCCUUUUCAAAGGGACUUCUUUAUCUGUUUGCAACAACGUAACAGUAUUCAGUUAACCAGAUCGCUAAUAACUAAGGAAGAUUAGACAGUCUAUACAGGGAUAGGGUUUUAAAAUUAAAAUUUGUUUCAUUGAGGAGCUGUUACCGUAAGCGUUAGUCGAAAGUCUGACAACGUAGGCUCAUGUUGAAAUUCAAGCUGUAGUUUUGAAUUGAGGGAAGAAAAACCACUGAAAUUGUGUAAUACUUAUUUUCUUUAUUCAGAGUUUUUUUUAGUCGAGAGUCGAGUUAUUUGACCAACAAUCGCAAAGCGUUUUUAAUGCAAAACUAACGUUACUGGAAGUUUCUUUGGAUUCUUAGCUGAAAAAUCUUCCUCAAGUAACGAGUAAACCUGCGAU